UUAAAGUCAGCUUUUCCUCGAUGGGUUUUGUGAGUUGUUUAUUGUUUAAGAAAAACAAUAUCCUGCUCUUUAUUCUUAAACAAUAAGCAGCUCACAAAAGCCCAUCAAGGAAAAGCUUACUUUAAUUUCAAAUCACCAUGAAUCACCUCUAUCGUGAAAUUCUACUACAAAAUUCUAUGGAACAAUACGAGUGGUCACAGACAGUCCCACCGAUGAAACUUCCAUUUCGUCAUUUAUUCAAACGGAAACGUCUCCUUGUUUUCGCUUUAAUCACCGCAGCAUUUAGCAUUUGUUUUUUGCUAAAUAAUGCUUGGACUUAUGACGGGCCACACAUUGCAAAUUUUAGCAGCUUUCAAAACUUAAACAAUCACGCACAUUCUUCCACGUGCAGUAAAAAGGCAUCGAGAAGAGGCCCCCAUCAAAGAGUGAUAUCAUUUUCAUUCUUUGGGAGGAUCAAAAGUCGGAGAGGCUAUUUUGAAGGGAUUGAAAUAAACGCCAACCUAAUCCGCGAACUGUAUCCAAACUGGAUUAUGAGACUUUAUCACGACAUCCGGAAAGGUAGGUUGAAUACCACCUUGGACCGAUUGGAAUUGAGCUAUGGUGAAACGCUGGACUUGUGCUUUGUGGGAAAUAUUCCCGGCUACGGAAAUUUAAUUGGAUCUCCUCAAACUAUGUGGCGUUUUUUAACGUUGACCGACCCUCUGGUGGAUAUUUCUCUUUUCCGCGAUCUAGACAGUAAUCUCAAUGACAGAGAAGUCCUAGCGGUCCGAGAAUGGCUCGAGAUGACCUACCCUCUGCACGUUAUGAGGGAUAAUCCCUUUCACAGUAUGCCGAUUCUUGCUGGAAUGUGGGGAGCCAGACUAGACUUGGGCCACAGAUAUUUAUGGAAAAAUGUAACUGACCAGAUGAUGGCGGCGAAUGCAAAGGCCCUUUACAUUGGCGAAGAUCAGGAAGCUUUAAAGCAAUUUGUUUGGCCAUUGGCGGAAAUUAAAGGUUUUCUUUUGCAACAUGACAGCUAUUUUUGCGGAAAUAAAGUUUACAAAUUAGCUGGAGACUCGCGACCUUUCCCGUCCUGCAGGGAUGCAAAAAGAGGUCUUAAUUUUAUCGGCUCAAGAAGGAGAGUUGAUAGAACUCCAAUGCUAAAGGAAUGUCCUGAGCUUUGCAGAUUGAAAUCGGAAUGCCUGUACUGUUGAUCUCCAUUAAAUUUUUUUUUAUCUUUUUUCCUA